AUCUCGCUGACCCAGCUGGGAGGUGGUGGAUCUCGCGAGCUUUGCCGACGGGAGGAGCGCUGCACGGCUGUGGAAUCUCGCGCAAAUUUAAAUCCUAGUGUCCGUAAUGGCGGACGGCCGGGAGCGCAUCGAGUUGAUACGCAACCGAGUGGUUUUGAAGGAGUUCGGUGUCCAGAACGUCCAUACCACUGAUUUCCCUGGGAAUUACCCCGGUUACGACGACACGUGGGACCAGCGGCGCUUCGAGCAGAAUUUUAGGAUUGACAUUGUUCGGUUGGAGGAUGACACUUUGGAGUUUGACAUGAUUGGAAUCGAUGCCGCUAUUGCAAAUGCUUUCCGCAGGAUCUUGCUUGCUGAGGUCCCAACCAUGGCUGUGGAGAAGGCAUUUAUCUACAACAACACCUCCAUAGUUCAGGAUGAGAUUCUGGCGCACAGACUGGGUCUCAUCCCCAUCAAAGCGGACCCACGACUGUUUGAGUACAGGAGCACAGGAGAUGAAGAAGGAACAGAGAUUGAUACUCUGCAAUUCCACCUGAAAGUGAAAUGUACCAGAAAUCCUAAAGCACUUAAAGACUCUUCAGAUCCUGAAGAGCUGUACCUAAAUCAUAAAGUUUACUCCAAGCACUUGAAGUGGGUACCCAUUGGGAACCAGGCAGAUCUUUUUGGGCAGGUUGAAAUUCGGCCUGUGCACGAUGAUAUCCUCAUUGCCCAGCUUCGCCCAGGGCAAGAAAUUGAUGUCGUCGUACACUGUGUGAAAGGAAUUGCUAAAGACCAUGCCAAGUUCUCUCCUGUUGCCACAGCAAGCUACCGACUUUUACCUGAAAUAACUCUACUGAGUCCCAUAGAAGGGGAGCUUGCAGAGAAACUCAAGCAGUGUUUCUCUCCGGGUGUCAUUGAGAUUGAGAUGGUGAACGGAAGAAAAGUUGCAAACGUUGUGAACUCAAGAUUGGACACUUGCAGUCGGGAGAUUUUUCGUCAUGAUGACCUUAAAAACCUUGUCCGUCUUGGCAGAGUUCGAGAUCACUACAUCUUUUCAGUGGAAUCAACGGGAAUUCUUCCACCGGAAGUGCUUGUGUCUGAAGCCUUGAAAGUCCUGAUAACAAAGUGUAGAAGAUUUUUGAAUGAACUGGACACUGUACAAAUGGACUGAGCUUAAUGUGGUUGGACUGGUUCAACUGGGUCUGGGCUGUGCUUGGACCUGAUGGCAGUGGGAAUAGUGGUCUCUUUUUAGUACCAAUUAUACCUGUCAGAAAUGAGCAUCAUUGACUUGCUUCAACGAUGACCUCUGUCCCAUGAAAUAGUGGGUUAAUACAUAUGAAGCUGAAUGUCAGGGACAAUGGCGAGGAUAACAGAUAUAAUGGACUAUAAAUUCAAUCAUAAGUAAAACAAAAUGGAGUAAAUCAGCAACAUCUGCAAGAGAAGAACCAACUUCUUUCAGGUUGAUGAUAUUUCUUCAGAACUGAUAAUUUUUUCCAAGGUAUUGUAAUUUGUGUUCGUAAAUAUGUUGCACUAUUAAAGGAGUUUGCUCUGCUAUUCCAUCAUGGCUGAUUUAUUAUCCCUCUCAACCCCAUUCACCUGCUUCUCUCUGUAACUUUUGAUGCCCUGAUUUCUCAAGAACCUAUCAACCACUACCUUAAAUAUACCCAAUGACUUAGCCUGCACAGCUCUCUGACAAUGAAUUCCAUAGAUACGCCACCUUCUGGCUAAAGAAGUCUUUUUUUCAUCCCCUUUCUAAAUGGAUGUCCCUCAAUUUGGAGGCUGUGCCCUCUGAUCCUUGACCCUCCCAUUAUAGGAAACAUCCUCUCCAUAUCCACUCUGUCUACUCUUUUCAAUAUUUGAUAGGUUUCAAUGAGAUCCUCCCCUCAUUUUUCUAAACUUCAGCAAGUACAGGC